CUUUUGAGGAGUAAAUCCUGUUGCUGUGUGGCAGUGGAGUGUCCGGCUGCACUUUGAUCGCUGGAGGGAGGCUUGGCAGAGGCAGCUGGCACUCUGCCCGAGCUGGGAGCGGGCUCCACAGCACCCCUUGCUGCGUUUCCUGGGGGACAGAGGGUGGCACCGCGUGGGUCAGGAUGAGGCCCCUGCUCUGGACUGCCUGCAGCCAGCUGCUGCCCCGGGGASCUGGACUCUGCGCUCCCAAGCCAGCUGUGACUGCUGUGGUGACCACCUCACACCAUGGCCUGCAUCCCCAGGCUCCUCAGGCCGCCUCCAGCUCCCCACCCAGUGUGUCUGCAGGGUUCCUCCAGCCCCUGGUCGCAGGGAGCAGAGCCCCCCGCCGCUGGAGCUCGCAGUUCAACGUGCCCCCCAGUGCCCUGCUCGUGGCCCGGCCCGUGGGGAUCUGCUCCAUGAUGCGGCUCCCGGUGCAGGCGUCGGCGGAGGGACUGGACGCAGCGUUUGUCGGUGUUCCRCUGGACACGGGCACGUCCAACCGGCCGGGAGCCAGAUUUGGCCCACGGCAGAUCCGUGCUGAGUCUGCCAUGGUGAGGAGGUACAACAGCAGCACCGGCGCGGCGCCGUUCGACUCCCUGCGCGUGGCYGACAUCGGGGACGUCAACGUCAAUCUCUACAACCUGCCCGACAGCUGCCGCCUCAUCCGCGAGUCCUACCAGGGCAUCGUGGCCUCUGGCUGUGUGCCCCUCACCCUGGGUGGAGAUCACACCAUAACGUACCCAAUCCUGCAGGCCCUGGCAGCAAAGCACGGUCCCGUGGGGCUGGUACACGUGGAUGCUCACACCGACACUGGAGACACGGCCCUGGGGGAGCGCAUCUACCACGGGGCCCCGUUCCGGCGCUGCGCCGAGGAAGGGCUGCUGGACCGCGGCCGCGUSGUGCAGAUCGGCAUCCGAGGCUCCUCCUAUGACCCCGAUCCCUACCAGUACUGCCGGGAACAGGGUUUCCGGGUGGUCCCGGCUGAGCAGUGCUGGAUGAAAUCCCUGGAGCCGCUGAUGRGGGAGGUGAGGGCGCAGAUGGGGGACAAACCAAUAUACAUCAGCUUCGAUAUCGAUGGGCUGGACCCCGCCUACGCCCCGGGCACCGGCACCCCGGAGAUCGCUGGGCUCACCCCCGCGCAGGCUUUGGAGAUUAUUCGUGGCUGCAAAGGCCUGAACAUAGUGGGGUGUGACCUCGUGGAAGUGGCACCGAUGUACGACAUCUCUGGCAACACAGCCCUCCUGGGGGCAAACCUACUGUUUGAGAUGCUGUGUGUUCUCCCAGGAGUGAAGACACUGUGAGUGCAGUUCCCACCUGCCCAGGGGAGAUGCUGCUCUGUGUCUUCAGCCAGGCUUUCAUGUCCCCUUCCCUUCAGGGGGCUGCAGCCAGCAUGGGCUUUGCAGCACGAAAUAAACGGCAUUGACCACUAGAAAAGGUACUUAUAAGCUGAAAAACAGUAGGGAACAGGAUGGACACCCCAUUUAACUGGGGUUGGGAGCUUUGGAGUUGGCCUGGGAAAGGAUAGAUGAGGGUAGUGGCAUUUUGCCUCUGGAAUUACUCACCCAUCUCACAGGGCUUCUGGAAAAAACUGUCACUAGUAAAAGGUUUGUUCCAUUAAUAUAUGGUAGCAGGACAGUGAAUGUCGAAGAAGGGAGGRUGUGAAGGGGGCCUGGGGUUCCUGCUGACAGUUAGGGAGAUAUCUGACCAAAUUUCUUGCUGGUGAAAUAACCAAGAGCCUCCUAUGGCAGGAGCAUUUUAAGCUCCUGGAAUUUUUGAGAGGACAUGGAGGUGAGAUUAGUUUGUACAUGGAGACACAGAGCCACCA